AAAACAAGAAAAAAAUCUGAGAUUUUGGAAGCUCACUUACACAUAUUUUCCUUCGCCCGGAUAGGUGUUGUUAUUGUAAGGUCAUGGUUUAUUUGGCUAAUCUUAUCUCCUCUAAUUUGGCUCUUGUAAAAAUACCCCCUUCAAAUACUUCCAAGCAUGACAAUUAAGAGCUCCAACUUGAACAAAAACAAUGGCUAUGACUGCAAGUUCGAAGAUAUACUUGCAAAACAAUGCUCCAAUAACAAGCCUCUCUUCAACUACAGGAAGAAUACCAUUUCAAACUAGUGUUAAAUUUCCAUUUAUAUUGUCUCCGAGUAAAAAACUGUGCGUAAAAUCUUCAACUGUGACUAAGUAUAAUGAAGUUGUGGAUGAGGAGAUGGAUAGAAUUAGAAGGCUCCAAAACGGGUCUGAUGUUCGUGGGGUUGCCUUGGAAGGUGAAAAAGGCAGAAUGGUUGACCUUACACCACCGGCAGUGGAGGCGAUUGCAGAGAGCUUCGGUGGGUGGGUAAAAAGUAAAUUGGAGAAGGAACAGGGAGGGCCUGUUGAGGAGGUUAAAGUGUCGCUUGGUAAAGACCCUCGAAUUUCUUGUGCUUCUUUGACUGUAGCAGUUUUUGCAGGCCUUUCUCGAGCUGGUUGCUUAGUUUUCGACAUGGGACUUGCCACUACUCCUGCUUGUUUCAUGAGUACUUUGUUGCCUCCUUUUGCUUACGAUGCUUCUAUAAUGAUGACUGCUUCUCACUUACCCUACACUCGAAAUGGUUUAAAGUUUUUUACUAAGAGAGGGGGGCUAACCUCGCUGGAGGUGGAGGAAAUAUGUGACAAAGCUGCCCAGAAAUACGCCAAUAGGCCUGCUAAAGUGUCUACUUUGCUGACAACUCCUCCGACAAGAGUUGAUUUCAUGAGCACCUAUGCAAAGCACCUAAGAGAUAUCAUCAAACAAAGAGUUAACCAUCCUCUGCACUAUGACACUCCACUCAAAGGCUUUCAGAUAAUUGUCAAUGCUGGAAAUGGAUCAGGAGGGUUUUUCACCUGGGAUGUUUUAGACAAGCUUGGUGCAGACACUUUUGGCUCUCUGCAUCUGAACCCAGAUGGGAUGUUCCCCAACCACAUUCCCAAUCCUGGGGACAAAACUGCAAUGGCUCUUACCAGAGCUGCUGUGCUAGAAAACAAGGCUGAUCUCGGGAUUGUUUUUGACACCGAUGUCGACCGCAGUGGAGUGGUUGAUAGCCAAGGCAAUCCAAUCAAUGGUGACAGGCUCAUUGCACUGAUGUCUGCAAUUGUGUUAAAGGAACAUCCUGGUACUACCAUUGUCACUGAUGCCCGGACAAGCAUGGCACUCACAAGAUUCAUCAGUGACAGAGGGGGAAACCAUUGCUUGUAUCGAGUUGGUUAUCGAAACGUUAUCGAUAAGGGUGUUCAUCUUAAUCAGGAUGGCAUUGAAACUCACCUGAUGAUGGAAACAUCAGGACACGGCGCUCUUAAAGAGAAUCAUUUCCUGGAUGAUGGAGCUUACAUGGUUGUAAAAAUAAUUAUAGAGAUGGUACGCAUGAAGCUUGCAGGAUCAGAUGAAGGGAUUGGUAGUCUAAUAAAAGAUCUUGAAGAGCCACUAGAAUCAGUUGAACUGAGGAUGAACGUUAUCUCUGAGCCUAGACAUGCAAAGGCAAAAGGUUCUGAGGCAAUUGAAGCAUUCCAAAACUACAUCGAGGAAGGGCGGCUUCAUGGAUGGGAAUUAGACUCAUGCGGAGACUGCUGGGUUAGUGAAGGUUGCCUUGUUGACUCAAACGACUCUCCAGUGUCCAUUGAUGCUCACAUGUACAGGGCUAAAGUUUCACAUGAAGAACAUGGACAACAUGGAUGGAUACACCUUCGACAGAGUAUUCACAAUCCAAAUAUUGCAGUAAACGUGCAAUCCACAGUGCCCGGAGGCUGUCUAUCUAUUACAAGAGAUCUUAGAGACAAGUUUCUCAUAGCAAGUGGAAUGAACAAAGUGCUUGACAUUUCUCAGAUAGACAACUAUGCGACUAGUAGCUAGAUGCCUAGGCUAGUAAAGAAGCAAUAGUUCUUCGAAAACUUAUAUUAGCCGAUUACAAUUUCCUAAAAAACAAUUCGCAGUUUAUUAAGAUGCGAGAAUGGGAUGGCCUAUUGUGUACGGAGAAAUUGCACUAUUGUCAUUGACUGAAAACAAAAUAAUUUUUAUAAUGUACUUCUUUGACUGUUCAAA